AAUACAGCCAUGAAUGCGCCUCGCCACACCGGAAGACAAAGAGUAACAGUAGGUGGGAAAAUCGUGUUAGCAAGUAAGACACUAAAAUAAAAAAAAAAAAGAAACAAUCAAGAAACCAUCAAAAUGCUUCCCCUGUCUCUGCUGAAGACUGCCCAGAACCACCCUAUGUUGGUGGAGCUGAAGAAUGGAGAGACGUACAACGGUCACCUGGUCAGUUGUGAUAACUGGAUGAACAUCAACCUGAGAGAAGUCAUCUGCACAUCCAGGGAUGGAGAUAAGUUCUGGAGAAUGCCUGAGUGCUACAUCCGAGGAAGCACCAUCAAAUAUCUGCGAAUCCCAGAUGAAAUCAUCGAUAUGGUGAAGGAGGAGGUGGUGUCGAAGGGGCGUGGACGUGGAGGCGCCCAGCAGAACAAACAGCAGGGCAAAGGAAGAGGAGCAGGUGGCCGAGGUGAGAGGAAGCAGCUUUUGUUGUUCGUGCUGGAUGUCUUAAUAAACACGGGAGAGUAUUGA